GUUUCCCUCCACUCCCACUCUUUUUCUUUACCAUCUAUUAAGUCAAGAACAAAACAAACCAAAACAUUGAAGUUAAGGGCAAGGAGGUUAACAAAUAUUAUCAAUUUUGUAUCAGCAUUGAGCAGGAGCUUGGCUCAUGCGUUACAAGUCAAUUUUUGCGGGGGUAGAACGUUAGCUAAUUUUCAUACUUACCUAACCGCCAGUUAACUCCUUUUUAGCGAAAAUAAGUUGUACUUCUCCACAUGAUCAGAUGCAACAUUCAAAUAUUCCCGCCAAUGCUGUUUUUUUGCGUUCAAGUUGACGCUAUCCGUCAACAUCCGUCGAUCCGUCAACGUGGCAGCACUAUCGCUAUGUUUGGAACGCUUGUGGUGAAACUUUCGAUAAAACUCGUGAAAUAAGGUUGACAUUGCGCAAGUUGGUUCACAAUGGACGAAAAAAGCGACGCUCCAUGCACGACGGAGGCCCCGGCAGAAACCGAGGCCGUUGAGAGCGCGGGAAGUGCGGCCGGCGAUGCCGAUUUUUCGGCGAACAGUUGCUCAGAAUUGACAGCUACUGCGUUGGAUGCGUUAAUCUCAGAAGCUACGGCUGAGGAUCCCCCAACAUCGGAAAUCGUAAGUGGAACAGAAACUUCUGCCACAAUAGACACACUUGCUACUACCGAGACUCCAGUGACCAGCGAUACUUUGACUGUACCAACAGAAGAGUCCUCUAUUAUUUCUAUGUCUGAGGCAACAGCUUCUCCACAGGAGGGCACUGAAGAUACUUCUCAAGACAGCAUUCAACAUAACAUUGAGGAGAAUAGCCAAGAAGCACUUACCCAAAGUAUUCAAGAAAACAGUGAAGAUAAACCUGAAGAAGAUGCCCAAGAGAACUCACAGGAUAAUUUCCAGGCAAACAUUGAAGAGAAUAGUCAAGAGAACGUAGCCAACAGUGUUGUUUCUGAAGAGAAUAAGCCUGCUGAGGAGACAGGCGAUUCAAAUAAUGCUGAACAUGUUCCUGAGACACAAGAUGAUGUAAAACCGGAUGAAGAUAUGCCACUGUGCGAUUUGGAAGAGGAGCUGAAACGCUUACACGGCGGUGAAGAUGAAGCAAAAGAAGUCAAUGAAAAUGAUGUAGGUCCCAAAGAUGCACUGGAGGGUGUCGGUCUAAUAGAGAAAAAACAGCUGGAAGGAAACCAGACUAUGACAUCGGCACAGCAGAGAACGAUGGACAGAACUGCUAGUAAACCGAUUACAAGAACCUCCGAUUUGGAGGAUAUGCUAUCAGCGGACGACGUUUUGAAAGAUUAUGACGUUAUACAAAAGUCUCAAAAAGAUUUGUUGGAGAUGGACUUGCUAGUAUGCGGUAAAUGCCACGAUGUUUUCCACAUCGUCCAGGAUUUUCAACAACACAAGACGCAAAAUUGCUCGCCGUCGAAUGUCGCUAAUAUUUGCGAAACCGAAACGAAACCGCAAGUGUGGGGCUUCACGCUGUGGAAGAAUAAACAACAAAACGUUGCAAAAAAGAAAGGCGAAGUGUUACCGUCAUCUUGGGCCGUUUACCAAAAAUGGUGUCAAUUGCCAGAGAAAGAUAAAAACUCGUGGAUUGCCGCUGGGCAGACGUUGCAGUACUUCAACAAAGUGGGCACUGCUAAAGUGUCAGAAGUCCGAAAGACUAAGGAUGCCAAGGAUCCUUUGGCACUUGAUGGAUUAGAUAGUAACAAAGAGAAUUCUGUUUACGCGGCUUCAAAAACAACUGUCCAACCUACAAAGACAGUUAGGGUCAACAGAGAGAUCGCCAUUAUGCCAAAGAAUAAUGAAAAUUCCAAUAAGGCACUGAGAACCGUUAGGAGUACGGAAACUAGAGAAUAUGCAGUAGAAAAGAUUGUCGCGAAGAGGUUCAACCCAAAAAGGAAGACCUGGGAAUACCAGGUUAAAUGGGAACAUUUUCCAAGUGAAGAUAAUACUUGGGAGCCAGUUGGAAAUCUACAUCAUUGCAAGCAAAUGGUGGAAUUGUUUGAAGAGCAGCUGAAAAAACAGAAGUUGGAAAAGGCAAAGCAACAACAGCAGCAACUGAAUAUCGCAAAGAUGAAAGGGAAACAAAGUUUUACGUCACCUGGAACCUCCAAACUCGGAUCUCCUGGAAUGAGGCCACAACGUACUAGCAAGCAGAAAGCUCUAGACCAAGUGAAGCAGUGGUGCGGCAACAUUUCUGAUGAAGACGAUACAUCCCGGGGCACGAAACGUCAGCUUGAAGAUGCCGACAGCGAUGACUCGUUUGAGAAGAAAAUGAAAUGGGAUGAACUGUCCGACGACUCUGGAGACGACUUUAAACCGCAGAAGGAUACCACCAAGAAAGUUCAACAGGUCACCCCUAAGACACAGCAUCAGAUCCAGAUAAUCAAGAAUGGAGUUGGAAAAGGAACUCCUUUACCUCAGAACAUACUGAUACCCGAUGCGAAUGGCGUCGUCAGGAUUAACCAGAAACAACUACCCGCUUUAAGCACUGGCGUGUACAUAAUGUCGAAGACAGCCGGCAUUAUAAAACUGGACUCUUCAACGUCAAAAGUGGCGACCAGUGGCGGACAGACGGUGGUGAAGGUGGCGCCGAAAAUCGGUCAAACGCAGAUCAAGAUCGUGAAAAAGGAGGGACCGACGGGCGGCCAGCAGAUCAUACAGGUGCCGAUGCAGAAGGUCACACCCGGACAAAGGACACCGCAGAAAGCAGCUCUCGGCCAGAAGGUAGUUCCUACAAAGACAACGCCACCAGUAAAGGUGUACAAGCCUAUCAUCACCAAAGUGAAGCGCGUGGAGAGCGGCGGUGUCAAGUUGGGCGAAACACUGCCAGCCAAGAAACCGAACACAGAAGUGAUGAAGAAGACGCCGGAUAUGAAAAAGGCUAUAGAGGUGGCUACCAAGAUCGUUGCCAAGUCUAAGGAAGCGGAUCCUGCGAAGAAGACGACCGAACAAUCUGGUGGUGGUCUACAGGACGAAUCAGAUGAUGGGCUCGAAGAACUACCAUUCCCCGAUGAGAUCAAAAUACCAGAACCUGACAGCCCACCUGGUGAUUUUGUUCUUGAUCCAAUUACUGGUAAAAUAGCUGGAGUGGAAUACCCUCCAGCUCCCGACCCAGAACCCCUACCUGAACCCGAACCAAUGGAAGAAGAACGAGCAACCGAUACCUUGGACAAUAUUGUCAAACUGGCCGCGGCUGACAUCACCGAAGAGGACCUGAAGAGCGAAACGCCAAUGGACAUUGAAGAGCCCACCAUUCAGCAGCCGGUGGAAGAGGAACCGCACUAUGAAGAGCAAGAGAGUGAAGAGGAAGUGAGGAAGCAGCAGCAGACGCCCUUGAUUAUCAGGAGAGGGGAUGUGGUUGGGGCACCGUCACCUGGUACAGUGACGCAUCACAGGACUCUUGUGAGGACAUCAUCAGGCUCUACCAUUCGUCGUCAGUCUUCCGGUGGCCAACAAGCACAAGGCGCUUCAAUCCUGAAUCGCGCUCUAACGACAUCACCACCCAAGCAACAACGUACUAUAUUCCAAGUAGGCCCGGGAGGCACCCAACAGCGCAUCGUCCAGCAGCGCGUCGUUCAACACGUUGUACCUCGUACCACCGUGCUGAAUCCCAUCGUCAGACCUGCGGCUGGUGCUCAUCACCAGCAAACAUAUACAAGGACGAGACCGCAGGCUCCCAAACCAAGGGUGCAACAAACCCAGCAGGUGCAUAGGGUUGUGAGGUCGCAUCCGCAAAUCGUGCAGCAGUCGCAGCCGCAAAUCGUCCAGCAGUCGCCUACGCAGAAGGUUUACUAUACUACCAAGGUGGUGCAGCAACAACCGCCUACCAUGACUCGCCGCAUCGGCAGUACGACAAUCCGCAGCACUCCAUUGGUGAACAGCAGUCCAAUAGGCGGUGCUGGUGGCAAGCAACCAGUGCGGGUGGUACAGACGCCUAGUGGGCAUCGGUACGUCCAGCGGAAGGAGCCGAUGGUGGUACGCUCCACGGAGAAAAAGGUCAUGCAGCAGAAGGUGCAUCAUAAGCCUAGGACUAUUAUUAGUAUGCCGUCUUUGUCUGGCGAUGAAGAAACGAUCCCGCAACAGGAACAAAAGAACGUCGGCGGUCGCGUAGUAAGCCAACAGGAAACCGCCUUGCACCAAGCUGUCGCUUCAGCUAUGGAACAAGAAUCGCUGGAAGCAGCUGCGUUAGCUGAUGCGGAAGCGGCCGCCAAACAACAAGGAGCAGCUGAUGGCGCCGCCUCACAACAGGCGACGCUUACAGCCGGAGAGUUGGGCACUUUCACAUUGGCAGAUAGCGACAACCCGAUAUUUAUUACAGGGGAUGAUGGGACCGUGUAUCAAGUGGCUGGGCAGAAUGAGCACGGGCAGACGAUACUACUCACGCAAGGUGCGGACGGUCAACAACAGUGCCUGCUGGUCACGAACGAACUGGCCGACUCGGAUGUUGCAGCGGCUGCGGCCGCAACGACAUCUGAAGAAGACGUCCAGGCUCAGCAACAACAGCAGCUCCAACAACAGCAACAGGCGGAGCAACACGAAGAGCAGCAACAAGCGGCGGAACAGCAAGCAGAGCAGCACCAGCAACAGCAAAUGUCUAUGCCGGACGUAGGUGGUACCACGACGACGGACGUCACGGAACCGCUUUCGAUCAACACUGGGCAUGAAGGAGUCAUUGGAGAGGAUACUGCUGAAGGCGAUGCUGAUGGCAACGACCAAGUGGUCGCGCAGGUGGUCAGAACAGAACCGCCUAGUCCAGGUGGUACCCAUAAGGUGGUGGUAAUGUUGCCAGAUGGCAACCUAAUGAUGACACAAGUUUCUCCUGAAGAAUAUGCUUCACUUGAGCUGGAGUGAAGCUGCACAAAUUUAUUUGGAUAAUAUAUCACUUUGUAUGCAGUACCUACAGUUUUGAAAUUUCACGUAAAUUAUUUUUUUCUGCAUGUCAUAUUCAUUUUAGGUUGAGAGAAGAACAUUGGCAUUUACAGUACCAUAAUUAGAGUUUAGAAUUUUUUAAGGAUGGUUAGACUUCUGGGUUAUACCUUCAUAGCUACAUACCUGUUAAAAAUAAAAUCGUAGUUUUUUAUUUAUAAAGACUACAAGAGUUUGUAUUAUAUACUAUAUUGAGUUGUAAAUAAUUGUAUUUAUCUAUGUAUGUUCUAGGUAAAUCAUUGCUAAACGAAUAAAUUUUUUAAAUAUCAAA